AAGGUAUUCGUAUAGAACAAAACUUAAAAGUCGUUUUAGAUUCUAACUUGGUUUCUCGUUAUCAUCCGGCGUAACUAAAGGAGCUUCGACGAGUCGUCGUUUCUCCGCUUCUGUCCGAAAAAAAGGAGUUAAAGCCACGCUAGUCUGCAGCCUUUGAGAUGUUUGUGCAACCAGCUGAGGGUUAUGACUUGUUACCAGCCAUAGAGGACCUCCAAAUUUCAGGAGAACCUUAUCCUGGAAAUGAGCUUCAUGCUUGUGGUUACUCCAUUAAUGGAACAACAAGUUGUAAUUUUGAGUGGGUAUGUCAUCUAGAAGAUGGAUCUGUGAAUUACAUUGAUGGAGCAAAGCAGCCAACUUACCUUGUCACUGCUGAUGAUGUGGGUUUAUAUCUUGCUGUUGAAGCCCAGCCUUUGGAUGACAUGAACCGAAAGGGGGAGCUUGUGAAGGUUUUUGCCAAUGAUAAUCACAAGAUCGCUUGCCAUCCACAGAUGCAAAGCAAUAUAGAUAAGAACUUUCAUACUGGUCAUGCUUCAUACAAAGUUUCCCUUGCGACUGGUUCCCGGGAUAUAUGGGAAGCAGCUACUUUAUCUAUUAAGAGAGAAGGUUACAUUAUCAAGUGUAAUAACGAUCUCACAAUUGCAGAAAAGUUCUCAGCUUCUACUGCUGUAACAAUUCCAUUUGGAAAACCUGCAGAACUUAUUAUUCUCGGGUCUGAUGGUAGUGCACAUUCCUUACGAGCAGAUAAUGAAUCAACAGACCUUACCGGCUCAAGAGAUGAAAUAGUGCUCACCCUGAGAUCAUUUAUCAAGACGCUCGAGAGAUGAAAUAGUACUCACCCUGAGAUUAUUUAUCAAGAGGGCUCUGCAGAAUAAGAACUAAAGAAGAGUAGUUACAACGUUUAAGGCCUUGUGACAUAAUUUAUUCAUGAGAAAAAUCAAUCUUUGUUUAUAUAGAAAUCUCACUUAAGUUACAUUUGAUCUUACUAUAAAUAUCACUGCUCUGCAGUCACAUCACACUCUAUGUCAAUGACCUGUUCAAGUCACUAAACAAUUGGCCACAUUUACAAAGAAGAAUUUUUUAA